AUGGCGUUUAAUAAGAAAUACGCUGGACUUCCUGACCUGGCCACAACGGUACGCUCCUCUUCGCCCUUCGAUCCGGAACAGUCUUCAAACCCAGAGAUCGAUGGCCGUAGAUUACGAGUUGAUGAAGCUCGUUCACAUUUCGAACCUGUUCGAGUCGAUGCUAAAGACGUGGACUUCUCAGAUAGCAUUGCAUCCAAGAAGAAAUCCUACCGAACGAUAAGGGGCCCGGGACGGCAGAAUAGGGUAGAGUUGGUACUUGGAGACCUUAGUGACGAAGAGGACGAAACCCUUGAGAGAAAGCUCGCUCGACUUCGAAGGGAGACUGAAGAACUAAAAGAAGAGCUUGCCAGCAGGAAAGCCCAAAGGGAUGGCGAUGCAGAAACAGAGGAAGGCGAGGCACAUGGUGACCAUGAUGAAGGAAUCUUGGAGCUUAGCCAGACUUUGGAUACCCUCUACACUUCUUCCAAAGGGACCGGUCACACGGCAGAGGCCGCAUUAUCCCAUAAACUCUCUACAGACGUAUACAACGGCCAACGCGUUUUAGGCCAGGGGCCUGUAGGUGCUGAUGGGUCUUCCACUUCCCAGCCCAGCCCCAACGCCUCAAUUCUAUCGCAAGCGGCAUCUUUCGACGCACGACUCGCGCUGCUAGAAGCUGCACUGGGGUUGAAGAACACACCCGUACCGGUAUCACCAGACGACCCUUCAGACAUGGACAUCCAGCCUAUUCUACCAUCACUCAAUCAUCUUUCUUCCCAGCUCUCGACACUCAGCAGCACUCUUACUGCCAACCAAUCGACACAUACCGAUCGGCCAUCUGGGCCCUUAUCGGUAACGACAACUCCACACAUUGAAGCAUUAAGCAGCAAAAUCCGCAAACUCACUGCUGACGCGGAAGCACUUACCACUGCCAGGCAGAGAGCAACCGAUGCAGCUCGUGCAGCGUUUUCUGCCCGUAUUGCUGCUGCAACAUCUGACGAACCGCAGCCUUUCAUGGAUCCUACACUUUCUACCUCCGCAGCAGUAGAAUCAGAUGCCGCUGCAUCUGAACAAACUGCCAAGAUACAAGCAUUAUACCAAACCCUGCCCACCAUCACCUCCUUGCAUCCCUUGCUUCCUACUGUAUUAGAACGGUUACGUUCUUUACGUGCUAUACAUGCCGGGGCUGCAACGGCUAACCAGGACCUUGAUGCGUUAGAACAACGUCAGGCUGAUAUGAAGAAAGAAAUAGAUCAAUGGAGGGAGGGGCUCAAAGCCAUGGAGGAGAAGGUCAAGGAAAGUGAAGAGACAAUGAAAGGGAACAUGGAAGUCAUGGGCCCUUGGGUUAAAGAUUUAGAGAAAAGGCUAGAUGCCUUGAACCAACAGUCAUGA